AUGAAACCUCCAUUUGUUGAUAUUGAAACUGCUUUAAAUUCCUUUAGAGAGAAUAAAUUCCUAAUUGUAAUGGAUCAUGAAUCUCGCGAGAACGAGGGUGAUAUUAUUUGUGCCGCCGCUAAUAUAACUACAGAACAAAUGGCAUUUUUAAUUAGACAUAGUUCAGGGUAUGUGUGUACUCCAAUGUCUAAUGCAAUUGCAGAUAAAUUAGACUUACCGUUAAUGUCAGAUUUAAAAUGUAAGGCUUAUGAUGAUGAUAGAUAUGGAACUGCUUAUACCAUCACUUGUGAUUACGCUCAUGGUACUACAACUGGGAUUUCUGCUAAAGAUAGGGCACUCACGUGUAACAAGUUAGCAGAUCCAGGCGUUUCAGCUGUUGAUUUCCUAAAACCAGGUCACGUUGUUCCUCUAAGAGCUAAGGAUGGCGGUGUUCUAGAUAGAGAUGGCCACACUGAGGCAGCUGUGGAACUAUGCAAAUUGGUAGGAUUACCAGAAGUAGGAGUUAUUUGUGAGCUUGUGAGGGAUGAGGAUGGAUUAAUGAUGGGAUUGGAUGAUUGUAAGGAGUUUGGGAAAAAGUACGGUAUUGAAAUGAUCACUAUUCCUCAACUGCAAGCUUAUGUGCGUGAGAGGCAAAAGAAUAACACUAAUGCCUGA